CAGCAUCGCCCAAAAUCCCAAACCAACACAAAUCGCAUCACCACUGCCCACACCGCAGGGCUUCUUCACGCGGAUACGAUGGAAGACGAAAUUGCAAGGUUGCGGCAAGCGCUUGAAGAAGAGCGACGCCGACGCGAAGAAGCCGAGAACCGUGCGUCGCAGGAGCAACACCGACGCGAGGAGGAGCAACGCCGACGAGAAAAAGCAGAAGAGAUCGCGGAAAAUUUACAGCCACUACGACUGGAGCCUUAUCUUGAGGCUUGUCACACUCUCAGUCUUGCCAUCAAGGUAGUCACCGACCGUUCCUUGACCACACAGGGCGACACCACCAACCCUGCCGGUCGGGUGUACCCCCGGCGGAUCCUUCCAUGGGAUGACUUUCCCGCAAGGCAGGAGGAAAUCUGGAAUCGAAUGUUCGAGCCGUCCUUCGCCUCCCGACAUACCGAACACGGCCUCCGGUACUACGAGCGCGACACCGUGGAGAAUGCGGUGCAAAAGCUGGUUGAUGCGGUAUACGAGAACCCGGUGCUUCGAGCCAGCAUUGGCCUGCGUGGAACCGUGACGUUUGAGAGUCACACAAAUCUCGGCACCGUCGAUGGCAGUCUCUCCGUACCUCCGGAACCCGCGCCCAUCUCCGGGAGUAGUGCAGGGGAAGCUGCGCUCGCACCGCCUGCAGCGGUCCGCAAACGCCGCCGUGUUGCGAAAGGAAAGGGCAAGGGCAAUCGGGCGGACCAGUUCUGCAUAUACAGAACAUCGGAUGGCGCAAACAUCCCGGCGACAGCAAUAGAGUACAAGGCGCCACACAAGCUGAGCCAGGACGAGUUGGUCACGGGCCUGGUGCCCGAAAUCCAACCGGAGCGAGACGUGAUUAACAGGGACGGCGAUGGCUUCGCAUUCGCAGCGAAGGCGCUUGCUACUGCCGUCGUCACCCAACUCUUCUCCUACAUGGUCGGGAGGGGCAUUCAGUACAGCUACGUCUGUACAGGGCAGGCCUUCGUCUUUUUGCACAUCCCGGAUGACCCGACCAUGGUCUACUACUACGUGUGCGUGCCGAAUCAAGACGUUCUUGAUCACGACGAGAACAGGCUUCACCGUACGGCCGUCGCACAAGUCUUCGCCUUUGUCGUCCAAGCUCUCCGUGCGUCGCCUCCUCCGUUGUCUUGGCACGACGCUGCUGCGGACCUUGAUACCUGGGCCGUAGAGUACGACGACGUGCUGAGCAAAAUCCCCCCAUCGCGUUGGGACGGCUUCACACGCUCGCCGAUUCGGACCCGUUCGCGCUGCGCCCAGAUGGACAACAACAAAGUCCAUUCUCGAGAUGAUGAUGACGAAGAGGAUACCCCUCCUUCUCCCAGUGUGGAGCGGCUCAGUCGCCCGGGAAGGCUGGCUGCGGCGUCUGGCACCAGUUCCGGCAACAGACGAGGCCGGCGUGGCAGAGGAGGAGGGCAGCAGGACGGGGCGAUACAACAAAGAGUACAAGACCAUCCGUACUGCACGCAUCAAUGCCUCCUUGGGGUGGUAUCUGGGGGACCAAUAGACCAGGCCUGCCCUAACGCUGGUAGACACGGAUCAAGACACAUCAGCCAGGUGGAGUUCCUGCAUUCCCUUCGAGCUCAGCUGGCUAAAGACCGCGGGCCUGAUGCGGAUUCUACCCCGUUGUACUUGUCUGGUUCUGUCGGGUCGCUGUUCAAGAUUCGACUGUCGGCUUACGGAUAUACGCUUGUCGCCAAAGGCGUAGAGACCGGACACCUCGGGCGUCUAUCAUAUGAGAAGAACAUUUACGACCAGUUGCACCAUAUGCAGGGAAACCACGUCCCUGUGUGCCUUGGCCUGAUAGAUUUGUUUGAGCACUUCCUGCUACUUAGCUGGGCUGGGCAGCCCCUGUCCAAGUGCAUCGACGGAAUCAACAAGACAGUCGCCAUAGAUCUGGCAACGAAGGCGUAUUCCGAACUUCAUCGGCUGCAGGUCCUCCAUGUCGAUGCAGAACUUCGCAACAUGUUAUACGACGAAGUCAGAGGGACUCUAAUGGUUAUCGAUUUUGAGCGGGCAGAGUUUCGCGGCCGCCAACCUCUCGGCUUGAUCAGCCCAAACGGCCAAGGUCGGAAGAGGAAGCGCGGUUUGCAGAAGCAAGGGAAAGACGACUUCACGGAGGAACUGAAAUCCGUAGUCGAGCGCGUUUCGAUGCGUUUCGGUGAUGCUCUGCCAAGUGGCUUGAGACCAUCAGCUCAAAUAGUUGUCCGCGCGGAGCCAGAGGACAAGCUUCCAGUGCAGUGGCAGACGCCGUUGCCGUCCUCACUCGUCUUCGCCUUGUCGGGAUCGUUCGUAGUAGGAACCGAAGCCGCCUCCAUUCUGUUCUUCCGCCAUGCUUGACAGGACUGCGAAGGUCUGACGGAUUGGCGGGAAUGGUCAGCGGAAAUGGUGAAUAAGAGGCUGGGGCGGCACAUUGCGCCGGCAUAGAGAACCGUGCUAAGCUGACAAGACCAUGAGCGGCUUUUUCGCAUUUCUGGAGGCUGGUAGCGCUGUACCUCUUUCUCCCCGUUGAGCGGCUGACGCCGAGCGGUGGAUGGAUGGAUGGAAUUUAUUUCGCC